AUGGAGGUUGUUUUGGCUAUAAACCGUUGUGCUGAGCUUUGGUCAAGCGUUUUAGCAGAUAAAUUGUUUAACGGAAAAAAGUUGUUUGCUUGGAUUUCAAUUCCAGUAAUUUAUGGUUUAGCAAUGGCAUUCUUUACAAAGACAGUAGCUUUCAGUAGCAUUUACUUUGGUUGGUUUUUUAAUCCACAUCUGUCAUACAUUGAAGAUACCAAUGAAACUUAUGAGAAUUUACUACAUUCAAUACAUAAUAAUAUAAUAUUGGCAUUAUUAGUGAUUAUUUAUAUUUUGUUUUACAUUAUUUUGCUAAUUAGAUCCAAAGAUCGAAGACAGCCAAUUGAUCAGCAAACUUUUUCAGAAAAAUUGAUAUUCCUGCAAGUAUUUUUGAUUAGUCUAACUAAUGCUACAGCUGCUUUUAUUUAUUUUUAUAUGCAAUAUUUUCAUGUUAACGAAAUGUUGAUUAUUCUUGGACUUUUUAGUUGGGUUAAUGCGCAUGGUAAUACCUAUGUAUAA